CAUCACAUGACGCGCCGAACUUCGGCGCCUCCUGCUAGAUGUCAUAUGAUGUUAUCACGUGAAUUUGAUGCCAGUAAUGAUCAGCUGUCGUCUGGGGAGUGGUUGAGGGUUGUUUCGUCCGAGUUCAAACGUUCCUGCUACGAAAUUAAGCCGUGAAGAUGACAGAGUACUGGCUGAUCUCUGCACCUGGAGACAAGACCUGCCAGCAGACAUGGGAUUCCAUGAACAAUACAACCAGACAGAACAACUUGUCGUUGAACUACAAGUUUAUGAUUCCAGACCUCAAGGUUGGAACAUUGGAUCAAUUAGUAGGUCUUUCUGAUGAUCUAGGAAAGCUCGAUGGCUUUGUCGAGUCGAUCACGCGCAAAGUCGCCUCCUAUCUGGGCGAAGUUCUCGAAGAUCAACGCGAUAAACUACACGAGAACUUGAUGGCGAACAAUAGUGAUUUGCCAAGCUACAUCACGCGAUUCCAGUGGGACAUCGCCAAGUAUCCGAUCAAGCAGAGCUUGAAGAACAUUGCUGAUAUCAUCAGCAAGCAAGUUGGUCAGAUUGAUGCUGAUCUGAAGACAAAAAGCACUGCGUACAAUAACCUCAAGGGCAGUCUGCAGAAUUUGGAGAAGAAGCAAACUGGCAGCUUGCUGACGCGUAACUUGGCUGAUCUGGUCAAGAAAGAACAUUUUAUUCUUGACUCGGAGUACUUGACUACUUUGCUGGUUAUUGUGCCCAAGGCGAGUUUUAACGAUUGGCAUGCCAACUACGAAAAGAUUACGGAUAUGAUUGUGCCGCGCUCAUCGCAAUUGGUCACUCAGGACGCUGAGUACGGUCUGUUCACCGUUUCGUUGUUUAAGAAGGUCGUCGAAGAGUUUAAGCUGCACGCCAGGGAGAAGAAAUUCAACGUGCGUGAGUUUACUUACAACGAGGAGGAAUUGGCUGCUGGUAAAAACGAAAUUACCAAGUUGGUUACUGACAAGAAGAAGCAGUUUGGGCCACUUGUGAGAUGGUUGAAAGUUAACUUCAGCGAGUGUUUCUGCGCUUGGAUUCACGUGAAGGCGCUGCGCGUCUUCGUGGAAUCGGUGUUGAGAUACGGCCUACCUGUUAACUUCCAGGCGAUUUUAAUUCACCCCAACAAGAAGACGUCGAAACGACUCAGAGAGGUGCUGAAUCAACUCUACGGGCACUUGGACAGCAGUGCCCUUCAAGGUGGCGGAAAUAUUGAUAGCGUUGACAUUCCUGGUCUGGGUUUCGGCCAAUCCGAGUACUACCCGUACGUAUACUACAAAAUAAACGUGGACAUGAUUGACUCCAAACCCUAGGCGCGCACAUACGCAACCACCCCACACGCCCCAUUCACGUUACAGUUUUUUUUUUGUUAUCUUUAUCUAGUUCAGUUCCGACGCGUUUCACCGAUUUUAAUUCGUCAUAGCAAUAUGUAUGCGCAAAUUUUUACUUAGUGAUCCACACACACAAAGCAGAACGCGAGUUGUUGCAAAUGUUUUUUUGGUGUUUUUUUUCUUUUAUUUAUCAUUCAUCGAAAGCAAAACACAUGCAGACUACAAAGUUGCAAGAAAUAUUAUUGAAAAGAAACGAACGUGCAGAUAACGCAGUAUUCCGUGAUGGGCUACAAUACGCUACAAUAACUAAGAUCGAUUGUAAAUAUAAGUAUCCACCCCCGACAACCACCAGUUUUCUUCUUUUUUGUCAAUGUGUACAUACUACAUACAGAUGAGUGAUAUCUAUCAUUGUUGCAAUGCUCAUGAGAGUUUAUUCCACUUUGUAUUAUAGAGUUAUGAUGCUAAUGAUUGUUGUUAUUCUUAUUGUAAUUAAAUAGAGUGGUGUUGACCUGUUAUAUAUCAAGGAAAUUCAAUUUCGAGAACGUGCAAAUAAGUUAUUAUUUGUAUUAGUGUUAGUUAUGUUCAAGUAAGUAAUGAAUGUAGGAAAAUACAAUAAUAAAUGAUAAUAAACA